GAAAGCUGGAUGUGCACGGAGUUUUUGCAAGUAGCUAGUUAGCUUUAGCUAGUGGAUAGGGUCACAAUGGAUAAACCUACAAGCAGCAAUGCUGCAAACUAUAAGAGAAAAUCCUCUACAAUAGAUAAGAGGAAUCUUAGAGUGCACCGUCGCUCUUUAGACUGGAAACAACAACGCAGUGAAGAAGUGAAUCGAAGGAGAAAUUGCGAUGAUAUGUCACCUGUGGUAGAAGAGACGGACAGUGCCCAGCACUCAUUCGCUGACCGCACCGUGGCUGAUCACACGGACGAGAACAGUACCCCUACUAAAAGGAGGGCGGGUAGAAUUGGCACACCCAGAUCACAGAAGAAACCCUCGAACAAAAAAGGCUUUGCGAGACUACAUCAACUGAAAAAGUGGCAGGAGGAGCGACUGUUAAAGAAGAAACUUGAGAGUGAAAGUAAAAAGCCGUUGUUUAAGGUGGGAAAGGUUAAUCAUAAGGACCUUCAAACUGCCUACCCAAAACCAGCCAAUCAAACUCAGAAAAAAACAAAGAAAGCUCCAGCAGCCCAAGCAACAGCAGCACCACCAGUUCCCAAGACUGAGCCAGCAAGUGCUGUAUCUCAGAGAGUGACUAGGUCGACUGUAUCCAGAAUUGCUCCCCAGAAAGCAGUCCCUGCUCCCAAAUCAAAGGCACCUGCUGCUAAAACAGAAAUGGUCACCAACCAGCGGUCAGCAAGAACAGCUACACAAGCGCAGUCUGAAAAACAGCAUCCGGCAGCAACAGAGGUUAGAACAACGCGAUCAAGAACUUCAAAAGCUGCCGUCUCCCAAGCCAAACAACCAGCCAGAGCUGCAGCAGCUUCCAAGAAAGCCCCAGUGGGCAAAUCAAAGGUAUCGGAACAAAAAGGGGAUCCUGCCUUGAAGCCAACUGAGCCACAGACCGCUGAUGUAUUCACAGAGCCUACGGCUAACACAGUGUUUAACUUCAACGCCCAAACGGUCUCGACAAGGCGCGGAGUGUCAGAGUCCUCAUGGGAGUUCAGCUUCACUGCACCAGCCAAUCUCAGUUCCUUCAGUUUCACUCCACUGAGUCCGUCAGCAGUGGCCAAGUUUCUGGGUUCCAGUUCUCUGAUACACAGCCCUGUGCCCAGACGUUGCUCCACGCCAAAGUUUCCAGGGCUUCAUUCUGAAAAGGAGAAAUUGUCGAGGACACCUGUGGAUAAAAAUGCAGAUGACAAACUGAAAGAAUCUGCCCAUACUGGGGCUGAAUCUAGUGAUAAGGAAGUUAACUCGGGCAGUGAUGGUUUUAAGAGCCGCAGAAGUGUGCGAAGAUCCAUACGCUUACAGCAUGCUGAGAAACUGGAUGUAGUCAGCGAGGAGAGGCUUGGGUCAUCUGUCAGUGCUGAGACUGAAGGUGCAGCAGACCAGGGGUCAGGUAGUGACGACGAACAGGGCAAGGCCAGCCUACCAGUCACGCCCAGUGAAGGUCAAGAGAUCAAUUCUGUGGCCAGUAAUAACGCACAAAAUCACAAGACCAACAUGGCAGAAGAAGACUCUGAUAGCGGGCAGGAAAUCUCAAAUGAAGAAAGGGCAAAGAAUGAUGGAAAAAAGUGUGACACUGAUUGGGAAGUUGUGAAGGGGGAGAAGACAGUGAUUGAUCAGGAGGAUGUGAUAGAACAAGCACCCGCCCACGCUGUGGAAAACCUCAAGAAAUCUGCACAGCGUGUUCGACGCAGUACCAGACGAUCACUGCGCCUCGCUUCUGCUGAGGACACACAAAGUCUCACCACCAGUGAGGGUAAAGAUAGUUCUGUGGAAACCCAAACAAAGGACACAAAGGAACCUACUGUUCUGAAAUCGACCUCACCUUCGGAAACGGAUAAUGAAGACAAAAUUGAUGUUCAUGAAAAUAGCAAGGCACUGAAUGGUUCAGCUGCCCCUGACCCAACCACACCUGUAUCCACUUCAAGGCGUAAUAGUCGCAUCAGACGAUCCCUGACUGAGACAAUAACUUCACCUGAGGCUCAAGAGACUGCUGUAGCAGAGACCACUAAAGCAGAGAAGCCCACAGGGAAGGAGACUUCAGAGGACACAGCUGUAACACAGAUCACAGAGGAGGAGACUGCUAGACCAGAACCAUCCACAAGUGACCUGACCAAAGACAAUCACAAGGAAAUUGAAGAUGUUUUCAGCAAUGUUGAGAACAUGGUCACCCCUAAGCCUACGACCAGACGCUUGAGAAAGUCCACGUCUUGUGUGGAAGAAUUCCUCUACCCCUCCCCAGAAUUAACGGCUAAAAUCUCCGCCAAGAAAUCAGCUCGUAAGAAGAGGUCAAUGUCUGCAAGGCGUGCGGACAAGAAGGUGAACAGAAGUCCGGAGGAAUGGAUAAAAAUCUUGGAGGCCAGUCCAAUGAUAGAGAUGACAAGAAGAUCCCGCAAGAAAAAGUCGCCAGAGAAUCGUCCUCUGCCAAUCGACUUUGAUGACAUUGAUUCUUUGAUCGGUGCUGGCCCUGCCACUACAUCAGAGGAGCAGGAUGUGGAAUUCUCGGCGUCAGAUAGCUUUAUCCAGCUUCAGGGCAGCAACUCCGCCAAGGACACCGCAGCAGAUGAUAUACAUGGUAACGGUGAAGAGAUAAAGGCAAAUGAUGAUAAAGAGAACAGUGCUCCAGUGACGACAACUGACAUGACAUCUGCGAUAAAAGGAGCCUCACAUCCCGCUGCUGAUGUCAAAUCAGUCUCUGACUCGCCGCAGGAGGAGCGAAAAGAGCAUGACGUGAAGUAUUUCCGUGACUUGAUGGACUCAGAGCGUUGUCGACUGAACGGCCUCUGUACCACCUGGGAAGCCAACAAUGAGUCUGAGGCUGGUCUGAGUGAGGAUGUUAAGGGACAGAUCCGUACCACUGUGGGGCAGGCCCAGCUCUUAAUGGACCAGAGGUUUAAACAGUUCACAGGGCUGGUGGACGACUGUGAGUUCAAGACUGGCGAGAAGGAGACCACAUGUUCUGAUCUUCAGGGAUUCUGGGAUAUGAUUUAUUUCCAGGUAGACGAUGUGGACAAAAAGUUUAGGGAGUUGGAAAAGCUUAAGGCUGGAAACUGGGUUAAGGAAGAAAGUGUCCAACCUACGAAAUUGAAGACUAAGAAAAAAACUGUAUCCAAGCCAGCUCAGAAGCCUGCAGGAAAGUCCAAGUUUGCAGCGUUCCGGGCCCAGAUGAAGAAAAAGAACCAAGGGGGAGAUACCUCCUGUUCCAGUGACACUUUACCUGCUGUGAAAGUAUUUGAUGCUGGUUUUUUCAAAGUCAGUAGUCCACAGAAAACACCCCCUGCCCACUGUGCAGGUGGGACUCCAUCUAAACCUCAAUCUAAGCCACAACAGGUACAGUUUGCACCGGAAGAGACAGAAUCAUCGCCUAAGAAAGAGAUUCCCCGCUUCUCUCUCUCUGGUCCCAGUACCCCUAUACCCCCGGUAAUUAACAGAACCCCCAGGCGUCGGAGUUAUGUCCCUGCCGUGCCCAGUCCCUUACUGUGUGACAUCACUCCGAGCGGAGCAAAGAAGAGGCGCUCCUACAGGAACACUCCAGUACCGGUCAAGCUGCUAAAGCGACACGCUGAGAGCACUGGAAGAAGUGACGAUGAAGAGCAGGAUAAAGUUGUCUCCCCUGUCAAAACACGAAGGCGUUCGCGUUCCAGUAGUAAAAACGUGUCCCACUUAAACCCUGCCCCAGAGCCAUCCACACCUGGAGAAUCUGACCUCAGUAAUGUGCAGAUGUACACACAGCCUCUGACUGUGCUGGAAAACAAGCAGGAAAAUGGCUUUGAGACAAAACCUAAAUCAGCUAUGAAGAAAUCUAGACGGUCCAAAUCUGCAACACGGAAGUCUGUACGGCUAAGUGUCCAUUUUGAUGCAUCUUUUAAGGAAGAGGAGAAAUCUGGAAAAAAUAUGCCUCAAACCCCUGUCAAUAGGAAUUCAAGAGUGGCGCAAACACGAGUGAGAUCGAACAGUUUCAGCAUGCCGUGCUGGGAUGACGAGGAGACGGACCUCUUCAAAGACUCUCCACGAGCCAGUACCGGCAAGGAGAACGAUCCGCUUCUGAUGUCACCAUUCACAAAGGAUGUUGCUUCACUAGCCAGCCCUAAGGCAACCAACAAAAGACGAAGUCGAAUAACAGUACAAGAGGACUUGAUUUCAUUCUCACCUGGUCCACUUUAAAUUUUUCAACAGAUACCAGAACUUUUUUAAAUGAAAAUGGGUGUUGAGGCAUGCACUUGUGUAAUUUUUUCACAGCCUGUGAAAGUAUUUCAGACUUGACGGUUGGUGUUGCAUAUUAUGCCUUCUUCAUGUAGUCAUGCUUAGUGAAGAGCUGUCCACAUUGCCUGGUUGGGAAAUUGCACAGGUUAUGUGUAUGAUGAUCAUUAUCACCAUACAUUUUCUGAUGCUUUCUCAAAACGUUUAAUACUAGUAUAAUCCUCUGCACAUGUAGGUUAUUAACUUUUCGUUUUUCUAUUCCCUGCCUUUGCUUUUGUUUUUCUCCUUUGAUCUGUCUUCUCAAUUCUCAAAGUACUCUGACAUUUUAUUAUAAUUGCAUGUAUUUUUAAUCAACAAAAAUAUCAUAAUUAAAAAAAAAAAAAAAAAAAGCUGUCAAUUCGUCUGGCCUUCGUACUAUAUAGCAUUGUAUGUAAGAGGUUGUAAAGUGGCACAUUUACAACGUACACUGUUAUAGGCAUUUUCUCUCAAAUACAUUUCAUAUAUGCACAAAAAUAGUUUAGAAGGAAGUAUCUAAUACUUUGUGGAAGAUUAUUAAGAAGACAUUUACCUAUGUGUUUGUCUACACGUACUUUUGAUUUCAUACGUUUAGAAGCAACAGGAAAAUAGACUUAACAUAUGGUACUGGUACUGGUACUGGUGCAAGAUUUAUUCGACUGUAUGUGCGGUAGUAAAAAAUGAAUACUCUUCUGUAGUAUUCCAGUGAGAUUCAGCCUUGAGUAUAUUUUAUGUUUUGUUGGGAGAAAAAGAAAAAUUACCUGAUAUGUCAGUCAGUUCUGAUGAUAUUACCUCACCCUGGUUGUUCCAUGUGCUUGUAGAGUUACAUGUAGAACUACUCGUACAUGUAUAUAGGUAUACCUGACGUGUCGCUCAGCUCUGACAGUAUAUUACAUCACCCUGGCAGUUACACGUACACGUAGGGUUACUUGACAGGUCACUCCGUUCUGACGGUAUUACCAUUCUCUGGUAGUUACACGUACACGUAGGGUAACUUGACAUGUCACUCAGUUCUGAUGGUAGUGCAUCACCCUGAUAGUUACACCUACACGUAGGGUUAGUUAGUUUCACUAUCCUCUUGUUCGUCAAAUAUCCUUGAAUACUGUUUUACAUGUAAGCGUCAGUCUAAUAAUUCAGGAGUGACAUUUUCUGUACUUAUGUUUGAGCUACAUGUAAUUUACAAGAAUAGCUACAGAGUUUAAAUAAAGGUUUAAUUAUAAAAUGUCAAUCAAAUACAUGUACUUUAUUGAUUUUUUUUUAUGGCAGACGUCUUUCUGUUGGUGUAAAGAAAAAGGUGUUGCUCUUUUUUUAAAUAUAAUAGUGCUGAACAAUUAAGAUUGUUUUCUUUUUAACUUAUACUCGAGCAAUGUACGUCUGUACCACUUUUAACCCCUAAAAUUUUCAUCAUUUUACCAGGGUAGAGUUGAGCCGAGACAUUUUAUAGUCAAUAGCUUAUUCUAAUUGUAACAAAAAAAAAUUUUUAGCAUAUACUUUCAAAAGAGCAGUUCUUUUCUUUUAUUAUAGGUGCAAGGAAUUGACAUAAUGAUGAAUUAUCAUAGGAUUAUCGUAACGUACAUCUGUUUGAGCCCCAUAGUAUCUGGCUUCGUGAUCCAGGGGCCUGAUCACGUUUGAAAAAUUGGUAAAGAUGAUAUUGUUGAGGAAUCUCUACCUUCGCACCAAGCACUUUUGUCAGAAUGGACUGUGUGCUUGGAAUCCACUAGGCACAUGUAUGUAUUUGUACUCGUGUGUAUAUGCUGUAUUUCGUUGUUAUGCGUUAAACACAGGAACCAGUUGAAGGCAGUUUGUUUGCUACUUGCGAUGGCAGAUUGUGCUACACACAUGUACAUGUGCGAUAUAUUAUUGUCUGUAGUCUUGUCAGCAUGUCUUAAUAACGUUUUAAGACAGUUGUGUUCCUUGUCUGUAUUUGUGCAGGAUUCGUAUAGUUACAGUGUCAUUUCCACAGGUUAAUCACAGUUCGUUGUAUAUCUACACCAGGUGAUGCUACGUUUGUAUUGCAGUUGUAUAAAACUUCACUGAUUUGAAACACUGUCGAUGUUUUCUCUAGUGUUGUUUUUUUUUUGUCCACUUACCAAUGUUUGAAUAGACAUCAUUGUGUUAAUAAGUAUACUUACUUUCUUUUUGUGUCUUAAAGGCGUUAUACCGCAGAUUCCGCGGCAAAACAGUUCACAUUCGCCAAUGCAAUAAAAUUUUCGGUAUUUACCAAGAAUGUCUCUCAGUGUAUAUCAGACUCCUACAGGUGCCUGUACUAAUUUUGAUGCUAAACAUUUCACAGAGCUAGAAUAUAACCCGCUUUCAUAAAUCGUCUUAUUAACAAUUUUGAAUGGUGACAAGUGCACAGACUAGGCUGAUAGUUUUUUUUAACUUAAAUAUUUGUGCUAUUCUGGAAUAAUAGAAACUCGACUCGACUCGACUAAUAAAUGUUUUGCCAAAAAUGUCCAGUAUAGCCUAUUACCCUAUAUAAUUUGAUCCGUAAAGCCUGCAGUUGUGCUAUACCUCAAUCGAAGGACUGUCAUUAUGGCAUUGCUUGGUGUCUCCCUGGGUUCACAUGUAUAUAUUUAUGAUGAAGUUUUUUGUCCUGGACAAAGAUGGCACAGACUUUUCCAAACAUGAAGAUGUUAUGUUGCGUAUUGAAAGACAUUAGUAUACGGUUGUCUGAGAAUUUGACGAGCCUUUGGCCAAGUACCCUAUUCUUCCAAGUUUUCAACCACCUUUGCAACCAAUUAUUUUGAAACAUUUUGAGAGAACUAUGGCGUAGAGAAAUAAUUUGCACAGUACUAUGAAGCUUUAAUCGUUAAUGACACAAACCAGAUCAUUUUUAGUGUCAUUUUCCAUAAUGAUCUGCAUAAAUUCCUCUGGAAAAAGUGUUUUAGUGUUGAACUGCUUGAAGGUUUACAGUAGGCAGCGUGUGAGUCACUUCCGCUAAGGAAUUUUAGUAUGGUAGACUUGGCGGUCGUUUCCAGCGAGUUCUGUUUGAUUUGCAUACGCCACACAUUGUAUACGUGGCCGCCGAGAGCUCAACCAUAACGGACCUUCUGGGUCGUAAGACCAAUUUCUGAGGACAAACGUUCAACUCUAAACAUUAAAAGACUAUGAAAGUACAUAAAACGGACUGGUGCAAAAAAAAAAGUCAGCAGUUUAUAACGAUGGUGAAGGACACCUUUACCUGCAAAGGGGCCUCCGUGACCUAGGGCAGCACAAUAACCAAGGAGCCUCUCACAAAUGUGGUCGCGGUGAGUUGGAAGUCCUUUUCGCCGGUUUCUCGCGGCUCUGACAGGAAUCUGUGGUGAGAGGCUGCCGUGGUUUUAGUGAAUUAUUCUAAGAGUACGAUGUGAAACUCCGAAUCAGAUAAAUAAAUAAACAUACCUACAAUAGCUGACCUGAUUGUAUGUAUUAUGUGGGUUUAGAUAGACGUAAUUGAAGUCAUGAUUGUAGCGAAUUUUGCGUGAACAUAUAUUUAUAUAUAAGAAGAAAAUUAGACAACACGCGAGGCGACAAAAUAACUAAAAAUUUGUGUAUGUUGAAUUAUAUUUUCCUAUAUCUUCAGAUUUUUCUCGGGAGUGCCCGAAAUGAAACUGCACUAUAUAUACCUUUUUGCAAGCUACUUUCAUGCCAUGUGGUGGAGGACAAUUGGUCCCAAGACCAUUUGCACAAAGAAUAACAUCUGAGGAACUGUUUGAACACUUAUCUCCAGAUUUAACUUUAAGCCAAGACUUUAAUUUUGUACUUAGCCCAAAAUUAAUUCCAUGACUGUAUUAAAUAGGAACUAAAUGUUAUAUUUUUGCCUUUGGACAACUGUAUUGUCUGCUGAAAUUGGCUUAAAUCUUAACUAUAAAAUAUGACUUAAUAAAGUAUUAGCUAAUACACU